AUGGGCGUCGCAGGGCUGGCAUCCUCCCUAGAAAAGCUGGCGACCGUCUGCCCCAUAUCGUCGGUCAACAAUGCCAUACUUUACAUUGAUGGAUUGAACCUCGUUGGAGGAAUCUCGGCUAUUUCCCAAAUGAAAGAAUCCACCAAAGCGGACUUUAGAAAACGGGCAGUGAAGGCUGUCCAAGCCAAAAUGAGGCCCAUCAAACAACUACCGUGGAAAAAGAUAUACAUGGUAUUUGAUGCAUAUUAUCCUAUUGAAAAAGUCAAAACUAAAAUCACUCGAAAAAGGCAGGCCAUCUGGAAGAAACCUCAUUUGAGCGCGAUGUCAGAAAUCCUUCGUUACCUUAUUGACGAGGAAACAUCUAUUGAGCUCAUUUUCAGUGGCCUAGAAGGAGAAGCCGCAAUUGUACAGCACAUUUAUGAAAACCAGCAAGAUCGGACUUCAAAGCGCUUUAUUCUCUCAGACGACUCAGACAUCUACACCUUCGAUCUGCCGCUGAAACGGCUUAUAUUCGGCGUUUCAACAGACCAAAUUGUUCACGGUAACAUUCGAUCAAUCAAGGUAUUGCAGUUUGGUAAAGUCUGGGACUCUAUACCAAGCAAUCGCAGGAUCAAGCUGCCUCUAGACUAUAUUCCUGAGUCGGUGUUCAACCCAACGCUGCCUAUCAGAAACAAAGUACAGUGCCUGAAUCUGAUUUCAAGCCACAACAAAUUGAUUGAGUUCAAGUCGCCUUUUGUGACCCCAGAACUCACUGGAACACAUGAGCUCGGCUUGUUCUAUCGCAAAGCGAAAUACAGACUUAUUGCGGACGAGUUCUUCCACGGUAGGGACUUUACAAUAAUCGAGUAUAUCGAGAAAGAUUUCGAUAUUGUCGAAACAACAGUGCAGAAAGCUACUGAGGAGGAGUUUGCCCAGGUGAUUGAGGAUUUAAUGACCCUCCCAAUCGAAACACUUGUUUAUAACGAGCUCAAAAGAGUUCAAAAGGACCUCGGGUUCUCGAAUAAGGAGAUUAAUAGCGUUUACGCAUUUUUGGCUGAUUUAAUACGCGGCAAGUGCACCACCGGUAUGGCACCAAGCUUUCGGACAUUCCAAGCAAAGGCUCUGCUAGAAGCACUGCUCGCAGCAAUCAGCAGCCUUGUAUCUUUCGCCCAGAUAGACCGGGAUAUUAGGCGGUUUGUUCAAAUAAGCGAAUUCGAGCUCUGUAAAUAUAUAGUUUGA